AUGGCCAAAGUAUCUCUUGAAAAACUGCUUCGAAUUCCACCAUCUCUAACACAAUCUAUAUCACAAACCAAGGUGGACUAUCUGAACCUUGGUCAUUCGGGCUUGAGAGUGUCGCGGCCCAUACUUGGUGGGCUUCACCUUGGGAGCCGCAAGUGGUUACCCUGGGUUCUUGACGAGGAAAAGGCUUUACCUAUCCUUAAAGCAGCAUAUGACCUGGGAGUCAAUACUUGGGAUACUGCAAAUGUAUAUUCCAAUGGAGAGUCCGAGAGAAUCAUCGCCAAGGCGCUCUCCAAAUAUAAAAUCCCUCGGAACAAGGUGGUGUUGAUGACCAAGUGCUACCGGGUCAUGUCUGAUCCUGAAAGGUUUGAUCCAGGUUCAGGAGUAACAAUGCACCACGAGUUGGCAGAUUAUAGCAAGGACUAUGUAAAUCAAUGGGGUCUAUCGCGGCGAGCCCUCUUCAGCGCCGUCGAGGCUUCACUCGAUCGCCUCAACACCAGCUACAUUGAUGUCCUCCAGAUCCAUCGGUUCGAUCAUACAGUACCCCCAGAAGAGACAAUGUCUGCACUAAACGACUUGAUAAGGGCGGGCAUGGUCCGCUAUAUUGGCGCGAGCUCCAUGUGGACGUUCCAGUUCGCCACCUUGCAGCACAUAGCCGAGACAAAGGGUCUAACUAAAUUCAUCUCGAUGCAGAAUCACUACAACCUCAUCUAUCGUGAAGAGGAAAGAGAGAUGAACCAGUAUUGCAAGAUGACAGGUGUUGGCCUCAUUCCGUGGGGGCCGUUGGCAUCUGGUAGACUAGCUCGAAGGCCAACACAAGAGGAAGGGUCUUUGCGAGCAAGUUGCAGUGCUCAUGGCUCAUUAUACGAGAGCGACGACUACAACGUAGACAGGAUCAUACAGCGAGUAGCGGAGAUUGCUGAGAAACGAGGCUGGCCGAUGAGUCAUGUCAGCCUGGCUUGGUUAAAUCGACGGGUAACAGCCCCCAUCAUAGGCUUCGGUUCCGUCGGACGAAUUGAAGAAGCGCUGGCGGCAAGGGGUAAGGAACUGUCGAGAGAUGAGGAGCAGUAUCUAGAAGAAUUGUACGUCCCUCAAAGAAUACAGGGACACUCGUGA